AUGUUUAGAUACGGGAGGGUGUUCCACCCUCAAGUUCUCCUCCACGAGCUUAUCGCCAACCUUAUCCUCUUUGAGAUCACGAACAGACGCCUGGAACAACAGGGUCUCGCGAAGGGCCCAGAGUUCCUGGAACCGCCAGAUAGCUGCCCACUUCCGAACAAUGGGAACCCAGGUGGUGACGACGGGCAGCCCGGGGCAGAGAAGCCAUUCUACCUCCGAAUCAUGCCCCUUGGCGCCUCUAUUACAGCGGGAGUCGGCACAAAGCCUCAAAAUGGAUAUCGAAAGCCACUGCGAGAUCAGUUGAGAUGGGAAGGUUGGCCAGUCAAUAUGAUCGGCAGCGGGUCCGACGGUGAUCCUGACAAGUUCAAGGACCGGCAGCACGAGGGACAUCCUGGGUGGGUCGUUGCAAACAUGACCAAGGCUGCUGCCAUGUCUAUCGAUAUGAAACCGAAUCUGAUUCUCAUCAACUGCGGGACAAACGAUGCCAGUCCUGGCAAUAAACAGGAUGUGAGCACUACCGGAGCUCGCAUGGAAGGCUUGCUCAACUAUCUGUACGACCAAGUUGAUGGCGUUACAAUCAUUUUAUCAACUCUCCUGCAAUACCUCGACGAUAUCCCAAACCAGAAUGUCAACGCGAUCAAUAUUCAAUACAGACAGUUGUACCAGAAAUUCAGGAAUGCAGGAAAGAAGAUUGGCCUGGCUGAACUCAAUAACGGGCUUCUCGAUACUUCAACCGACUAUUUCGACCACAUCCACCCUAACGAAAAAGGGGCAGCCAAGCUGGCUGCUGUCUGGGAUCGGGCCAUUGCUGAGGUUGCGAAGGCGGGCUUUCUGACCAGACCGAUUGAUACUGGCGUCCCCGAUAAUAUCACCAGCGGCUGUGACGCCGAAAAGGGGCAGGGACGCGGCCCUGUUAGAACACAGCAGGGAUCCGGACAGGAUGACGGCGCGUAUUCACACGAUCAACGGGUGUGGCUUGACGCCAUUGCUGCCAACGGAUUUAUCCCCGUCGGCUCCAAGGUAUCCUUUGCGCAGCUGGUGAACUUGGGAGGCGCAGACCCGGGCGGAGAGCUUGACGAGCUGAUCUACUGCCAUGAUGAAGGCACAGUUGAUGAUCCGGAGCCGGGACAUUGCUUCAUGAUACUCAACAAUCAGGGCGAACUGAACGGAAAGGAGAUUGAAAUUGACAUAGGGCUAAAGUGCAUAACCCGAGGGCAUCGUUGGGGCGACGUCAACGGCGACGGCCUAGACGAUUUUAUCUGUAUCGGUCCAGACGGCAAUAUGUAUGUUUCGAUCAACAGGGGCGGUAACCCUCCGAAAUUCGAGCCGCUCGAGAACGGUGGUCUCAUCAAGGAGGGAUAUUCAUGGGCACGUCAGGACAGGAUCCGUCUGGGCGAUAUUGACGGAGAUGGGCGGCUGGAUUAUUGUGCCAUUGACGACAAGGGCGAUAUUUACUGCUGGCGCAACGGUGGCGUAGGCGACGCACCAACUGCGGCGCAUAACGGAUACUGGCAAAGCUUUCCUACUUUUCGUGCUCAGCAUGAGACCGAAGGGAUUGGCGGUGUUAACCUCGUCGACAUCAAUGGCGACGGCAGAUCAGACUGGGUCUACCUGCACAACGAUGCGUCGUCCACGAUUUUUAUUAACCAGCGAGGGGAUGAUGAUGCUGACGGCAAGGCCUUACGACCUCACUGGCAAAAGGCUUCGUCCGGCCACAUUGCAAUCCCCUUGUUCGAGGUGGACAAUAGCAGAACAGAACUCGUCUUUGGUCGGGUCAAGGGCUCUGGGCGCGCUGACCUCAUCUGGAACCGCGAAGGUCCGGGCGAUCAUAUAGGCGACUUGCCAAGAAUCUCUCCCUGGCUUUAUGAGAACUUGGGUUCUGGAGGGACCAAGUUGAAGGGAGAUGGAGUGUUUUACUGUGACAUGUUUGGGCGAGGCCGGGAUGAUUACCUCUGGGUGAAGUCGGAUGGUCACAUCACCUUGUACGAGAAUAUACUGUCGCCGCCGAACUGGGGGCAGCAUGGAGAGAUUGUCUUUAUUAAUCGGACCAGGAAGAGCAUCCACUUUGGCGAUUGGGACGGCGACGGUCUCUGUGAUAUUCUUGCGGUUGAAAGACACACCGGGCGCGUCGAGUGGUGGCGCAACACUUACAAGGAGGGAGACAAGUCUCCAUCGUUUGACGGGCCAAAGUGGGCAGUGAAUCAAGGAAAGUGUGAUUUGGGCUGGGGUAGAGGUCUAUAUGACCAGGCUCUGAGGUUCGGAGACUUGGACGGCGAUGGCCGCGUUGACUACCUCUGCAUGGAGAAAGACGCUCGAACCGUGGGAUACCUCAACAAACCCGGUGGCCUGGUGGGCAAGGGGCAGAUCAAGUUUGCGCCAGAAGGGCCGCUUGACAGAGCAAACUUCAAAUGGGCCGAUGUUAACGGUGAUGGUCUCGUUGACCUCAUCUGGGUCGACAAGUUCUCUGCAAAGGCCCGAGUUUGGAAGAAUGGUGGCUUUGCGCCGGCGGGGGGCAGCAGCAUGACCUGGAUUGACCAAGGAAUCCGGUUUGAGGGACACGGGCGCGGCCAGAACAUUCAUUUUCCAUCGCUGGGCGGCCUUGGUCGCGCUGAUUAUCAUGAUGUUUAUCCAAAGACCGCCGUGGCUAAUACCUGGUUCAAUGAGUGUUCAGGAGGCGACGACUAUCCUGAGCCCAUCAACCCUCACUUGCCCUUCUAG